AUGCACUCGUACCGUAAUCGUGUACACAAUUUGUGCACAUUCAUUUGUUGUGCAUGUAAAAAUAUUUGUGGUUCAAGUGAAAAUAGUCGUAAUGUAUUGGCUAGCGGUAGAAAUGAAAUAGAUGGACCAUCAUCGUACACGCAUUCAUAUUUUCAAAAUUCUCAAUCCUAUAAAAUACCAUCCAAUAAUUUCAAUACUAUCCCGUAUACAAUCGAUGAACGAGAUACUUUGGUACCAAUGGUACCAUUGCUACCGAAUGAUGAAAAAAAAAAUAUUGAUCAUGAAAGUAUCAAAGCACAUAAUCCGCAAUCAUCAUUACCAGCACCAGUUAAUCAAUAUGCUAUUGAUCGAAUUAUGCAGGAAAACAAUUUGCAAAAAUCAACUUUUGAGCGGCCAACUGGUGAAUUGGAUACGAUUGGUGAAAUUUCAACAAUUCCUAUCCCUUAUACUACUAUUGCUGCUGCUACUACUACUGCUAUAGCAAAUUUUGAUUACGAUGAUAGCAAAAAUUAUUUAUCUACCAAUCAGAUUAAUGCAAAGAAGAAUACAGGUAAGAUUGAUAAUUCGGGUGAAUGUGAUAAUCCAUGCGAUGAACUGCCUGAUUAUUCAUCUAAUUUUUCUGGAACACAACCUGAAACAACAUCACCGGCAGAUUAUGAUGAAUUUGGAAAAUCAGAACAAGAAGAAAAGAAAGAUUAUUACGAUGAAGUAGAGGAUGAACGAAAUAUUCCCAUUGCUUUUUCAUCGUAUCCAACAUUAAAAAAGCAAUCGAUGGAUAUCAUUCCGAAAAAAUCUUGUCAAUUUUGCAACAAUAGCAAUUUAAAAGAAGCAAAAUUAUUGCACUAUAACGUUCAGGAACAAUUAGCAUCAAUUCCGAUGAAACAAAAUUAUCAAAAAGCCAACAUUCUGAAAUCAAAAUCUGGAUUGAAUAUUUCUGCUAAUAAUAUCUUCAAAUUGCUUAACAAUGCUAACAGUAGCAAUGUUGGAAUAGAAGGACAAAAAAAUUUAGCGCAACUACAACCUCAUGAACAAUCUACAGCUACGAAUUCAUACGAGAAAUUUGCACAUCGAUUGACAAAUUACAAUAGUUUAUUUCAAAUAAAUUCACCAAUAAAAGAGCUAAAUGCUACAGGUCAAUCGAAUGUAUCACAAUUCUCGUCGUUAACAUCCACCAAAAAACCCAACAAUAAAAGUGCAAAUUUCUCAAUAAAAUCAUUUAAAUUAAUAAAUGUGAAAGCGCUAAAAAAUACAUCCGCUAAUGAGCAAUUAAAUAUUCCAAGCAAUGAUAAUUGGAAACAAAAUUUAUCAUUGAAAUCAUUUGUUAAGCAACGAAAUAUUUCAGCUCAAAUUAACAAUGAAUUAUCAAAAUUACAACGAAUUAUUAGAAAUAAUGGUGUAUUAACAACAACAGCAACAGCAACAACAACAACAACAGCUAAUAAUUUACAAUUUUGGAAUAUACGUAAGAAACCGAAACAGACGAAAUUUAUCAAUGGUUUUUCUUAUCACAAACAAAAAAAACCUAAAAUUAUUGAUAUGCGAAAUAAAUUUCGUAAUGCACCGAUACUUCAAAUGCAACGUCACAUUUGGCCAAAUAUGAUCAUCACUGAAAAAGAGAGGAAGAAAUUAACGAAACCUCCACCUACACUAAUCACCACCACCACCACCACCACCACCAUACCAUUAUCAGUUAUCAACAAUACAUUAUCACCUCUUAAUUCAUCCAUCGAACAGCAGCAAAUUUUGAUAAGAAAAAUCAAAACAAAACGACCGAUUCGAGCGAGAAGAGUGAAAAUUUUUGAUGUUAAUAUUUUUAAAUCAGAUAAAAUGCCUUCACUUUUGGAUUUGUAUUGA